AUGAGCUCGUGGCUUCAGAGGCAGGCUGGCUCUCACAAUGUGCAGCUUGCUGCUGCGGCAGUAGUGUCCGGAGCUGCUGUAGCUGCAGGCAUAUUCGGCUACCAAGCAUUGAGAAGACAUGAAGCAGUCGAAACACUCAAGGCUUCAAUCCCACAGCUAGACGAGCAACAUCAUGCCGAGACCCUCAACGAAUUCGGCACUGCGGGCCCUCUACCAACACUCAGCAAGGAAGAUGAGCGCAGUGCGGCACUUGCGCGACGAGCACAACAAGGAGACUACGAUGAAGACCUUAUACUCGAACAACUAGCUCGUAAUCGAGUGUUCCUAACGGAUGAAGGCCUCAAGAAACUUCGCUCGUCGUUUAUAAUUGUCGUUGGUUGCGGCGGUGUUGGUUCCCACGCAACCGCAGCUCUGGCUCGCUCCGGAGUGGCCAAGAUACGACUGAUUGACUUUGAUCAAGUCACGCUCUCAUCCUUGAACAGACAUGCGCUCGCUACGUUGGCGGAUGUCGGUACGCCCAAAGUUCAUUGCAUACGACGUCGAAUGGAGCAGAUUGUGCCAUGGGUGCACUUUGAUUGCCGAAACGAGUUGUUCGGCGCGAGUGUGGCUGACACACUCCUCGCUCCAUGGACUGGCAAGGAAUCAAACGGACAGAAACCGGACUACGUCAUUGACUGCAUUGAUAAUAUCGAGUCCAAAGUUGAACUGUUACACUAUUGCCACAAGAAUUCUAUUAAGGUCAUUUCGUCCAUGGGAGCAGGUUGCAAAUCCGACCCGACCCGUAUCGGCGUGGCUGAUAUCUCGGUGAGUACGGAAGAUCCGCUAUCUAAAAGCACUCGUCGGCGCUUGCGUGUUCUGGGUGUGCAUUCGGGCAUUCCGGUCGUGUUCUCGGUUGAGAAGUCAGGUCCCGGGAAAGCAUCUUUGUUGCCUCUUGCCGCUGAGGAGUUUGCCAAAGGAAAGGUUGGUGAGUUAGGUGUAUUACCUGACUUUCGGGUGCGGAUUCUUCCCGUUCUUGGAACAAUCCCUGCUGUUUUUGGGUAUACCAUUGCCAAUCAUGUGAUCUGUGCUGUUUCUGGCUAUCCCAUCGACUACAGCCUGGCGGCAAAAAAGCGGGAGAAGCUCGGCGAGACUAUGUACACCUCACUCCAGGGCACAAUGGAGAGGCUAGUCAGAGCGGAGGUCAAAGAUAACGAACUUGUCGGACUUCGCAUACCACUCGGCAAGGAGGAAAUUGGUUACAUUGUCGAUGAAAUUUGGCGCGGGAAGAGCGUCAUCAGUGGUCUUUCCAACCGCUUGGUACUCGUUCCCUGGAAACGGCCAGCGGAGGGCUUCAGAGUGAACCCGCAAUGGGAGAAAGACGGACAAAAGCUUGUUGUGAUGGACUGGAGAGAUUUGGUUUGCAUGACGAAGGAAGAGGCUGUACAACACGAAAGAGAAAUUCUUUCGGGAAGCAAGACUGUUGAAGAGCUUUACGAUGAUAAGGUGCUGCAGUUGAUUGAUGCACGGCUGAAGGAGGCGGAGAUUUAUGAACAAUAUAGGUAG